GGUAGAGGUCAGAGUUGAAUGUUUGACAGAAAGCUGAAUAUGGAUUCCAUAUUUCAUGAGAAACAAGAGGGUUCCCUUUGUGCUCAGCACUGCCUCAACAACCUUCUGCAGGGUGAAUAUUUUACUCCUGUAGAUCUGUCCUCUAUUGCCCAUCAGCUGGACGAAGAGGAGAGGAUGAGGAUGGCAGAGGGGGGUAUGGGCAGUGAGGAGUACAGAACCUUCUUACAACAACCAUCUGGCAACAUGGAUGACAGUGGUUUCUUUUCAAUACAAGUGAUAAGUAAUGCUCUGCGAGUGUGGGGCUUGGAGCUAAUCCUCUUCAAUAGCCGGGAAUACCAGAGCCUGAUGAUAAAUCCAAUAAAUGAGAAAGCCUUCAUUUGUAACUACAAGGAGCACUGGUUCACAAUUCGCAAACUCGGACAACAGUGGUUUAACCUCAAUUCACUGUUGACUGGACCAGAGCUGAUAUCAGACACAUAUUUAGCGCUCUUCCUCGCACAGCUACAACAGGAAGGAUACUCCAUAUUCGUGAUCCGAGGAAAUCUCCCUGAGUGUGAGGCAGAGCAGAUUCUUGGAAUCAUGAGGGUCCAGCAGCAGCACCGGCCCAGGCUCAUUGGAGAGGAUGAGGCCCAGACAAGUGCAGGCAGUAGGUCAGUCGCUGCAGGUCAGCCGGGAGUCAUGAAUUUGGGUGAGGAGGCUACUGAUGAAGAUGAGGAACUGAAGAAAGCUCUGGCUCUCAGUAGACAGGACAUAGAUGUGGAAGAUGAAGAAGCUGACCUACGCAGGGCUAUACAGCUCAGCAUGCAAGGUGCCGUGAUGAGCAACAGGCCCUCGGAGACUGGAAUGGGAAAUGUAAAAUCAGGGAGCCAGGUUCCUGGGAGUGUUCCAGGGGCACAAAAAGAAACCCAGAAUGAGGCACUUACAGCUGAGGAGCUGAGGAAGAGGAGACAAGCCUACUUUGAUCGGCAACAGCAACAAGCACAACAAAACAUUCCCCAACAAUUAGACACACAUUCAAAAGGUGGCUCAGGAUCAGCUAACACUGGGGCUGGGGAGGACCAACAGCAAAAGCCAAGCCAGUGAAGUUGUGAAAGGUUUGCCUGUGUUGUUUACCAGCGGCCUGGAUUGGAAACCCCUCACAGGGGUAGCUUUGCGCCCUGCUCUACCCUUUUGCACAUGCAAACAUAAGGACGGUCAGAAGGCUGACACAUGGUUUCCCCCGUUCAGUUCUCUGGCAGGCCGUAAAGAAGAGAACAGCGACAAAGAAAAGCCAGCACUUUGUCUGAUCUGACUCAGUGAAGCACUGAGACUGGGAAAAGGGUGACCACUGGACUUAAGAGGACUCAUGAUGCAGUUACUUCAAGUUUGCAAUUGCCUUUUUUACCAUGGCGCCUUCAAUUUCUAUUGUAUUCUGUUUUUUAUUCUAUUUUUUUCUCCUUUUUUCCAAAACUUGGAAUAGUAAAAGGUGCGUUUUAUUUGUUUGGAAGUGAAAACAUGCUGAGAUGGGUGUCCCUUGAAAUCCACAUGUGACCAAUAUUUAAACCACAGCUAAUAUCCAUAUAGAUUAUGACUGAUGCUCCUGACAUUGUAUUAGAUAUGGGUUUGUGGAACACUUAGUGGGGUUAAAAAGCCCCAUCCACCAUGACAGCCUUAUGUUUUACUUUUGCUCUGUACUGAAACAUCUUUCAGUAAGCAGAACUAAAAUGGGUGUGCUAUUUAUUCCUGGCAUCAUUAUUUUACUUGAACAUCUGUUAGUGUGUUGUUAUUUUCAUUAAGUGUCCCAGUGUCCACUUUGGACGGAGCUAUCUGCUGAUGCUUACUCUUCAUAUUUUGUCUAUAACUUGACAUGUAAUGGGGAACAGAAAAGCAGUUGGCACCACACAAAUCCACAAUUAAUGGAUGAAUGACCAUUCAUAUUUUGUCACACACAGCAUGAUCACUUCACAUAGACAGUAGUUGUCAACUCCUAUCAUCCCUCUCAGUUUUCAACUGUAACUUUUGUUUACUAGAAUUAGUCACAAAACAUUUGGUAAUACUAUGGAGAAGAGAUUAUGGAUUCAGUUUUCACCAAAAGAUGCCCAAUGAGAAAAGAGAAUAUCUGAUCAUUUAACUCUUGUUUUUCACAACCCCUGAAAUACAAACUUUUUUGCACUGACUGAUCUAUUUUAAUAUUCGAAUAACGUGAAUAGAAUUGGUUUGCAUUGAGGUUGCCAUGGGGUCAAAGACAAUGUGAGUCAUGCAAACUGGUGAUUUCCAGUACUGAUGAGAGAAAUCAUUUGAACUUUUAAAAAGUUAAAAGAGAUUGAUAAAGCAUAAAAAUGCUCAAACACUUUGAAUGUUAUUUUUUUGUGUGUGUAUUUAAAAAAAAAAAAAAAUUCUCUGCAAGAAUCUGUUUAUUUUACAUCCGGUUUUGUUAUGGUGACCACAAUGCAGCACUAAUACACUUAACAUGCUUAUAAAUAUCAAAAUGCCUCCACAGAAAAAUGAUUAAAAGUUGUGUUUGCUGUGCUGGAUGAUCUUCAGGAAAACUCUUAUCCACUGUAGUUUUGUUUGUUUUGAUUAGCUUGACUUUUUCUAAUUGAAAUGCAUUCACAUGAGAGUAGGACAUGUUGGUAGUUUGAUUUUUAAUCAUUACGUAGUUUUUCAUUCACUGCUUUCACACCCUAAAAACUAAUUCAUUCACUUUUGUUUAAUGUAUUCAUCACUGUUUCAGGAUUAAAAUGAAACUCACUCCUCAUCUUGUUUGUCGCAGCCUAUUUAUUUAUUGAUUGAUGUUUGUUCUUUCUAUCACUUCAGGAGAAGUUUAAAUGAGCUCUUCACACCACAGAACAGCUCAUCAGUUAGUGAAACCCUGUUCUAUGCUGUAGACCUGACCUAAACAA